ACAGGAAGCUGUGCUGGCCGGGGCCCAGUCCCAGCAAGCACAGGCCCCCAGGACCCUGGGGAGAGGGCCAGCUGGGCCAGCCCUGCAGGGACCAUGGGAACAAGAGCUGAAUGGGGUCCUGCCGCCGUGUUUGACUGGUUCUUUGAAGCAACCUGCCCCACCUCCCUACAGGAGGAUCCCCUCAUCCUGCGGCAAUUCCCCCCGGACUUCAGGGACCAGGAAGCCCUGCAGAUGGUGCCCAAGUUCUGCUUCCCCUUUGAUGUGGAAAGGGAGCCCCCCAGCCCUGCUGUACAGCACUUCACCUUCGCCCUUACGGACCUGGCAGGCAACCGCAGAUUUGGUUUCUGCCGCCUGCGCGCUGGCGCCCGGAGUUGCCUCUGCAUCCUCAGCCACCUGCCAUGGUUUGAGGUAUUCUACAAGCUGCUGAACACCGUGGGGGACCUGCUAGCCCAGGACCAAGUCUCAGAGGCCGAGGAACUUCUCCUAAAUCUGCUGCAGCAGGCCCCGCCCGGACCCCAGGCCACAGGGGCGCUGGAGCUGGGCAGCGGCUUGGCCAUCUGCAGCGGUCACGGAGCCCCGCCCCCUGCGCCCGGGAAGAGCAGGCUGCUUUCCUGCUUUGUGGCUCCCGCCUCCGGCUGCCUGCCGUCCAUUCCUGAGAAUAGAAACCUCACUGAGCUGGUGGUGGCGGUGACGGAUGAGAAUAUCGUGGGCCUGUUCGCCGCGCUGCUGGCGGAGAGACGGGUCCUGCUCACAGCCAGCAAGCUCAGCACGCUGACCUCCUGCGUCCACGCGUCCUGCGCCCUCCUGUACCCCAUGCACUGGGAGCACGUGCUGAUCCCCACGCUGCCCCCGCACCUGCUGGACUACUGCUGCGCGCCCAUGCCCUACCUCAUCGGAGUGCACGCGAGCCUUGCGGAGAGGGUGCGGGACAAAGCCCUGGAGGACGUCGUGGUGCUGAACGUGGACUCUAAUACCUUGGAGACGCCCUUCGACGACGUGCGCGCGCUGCCCCCGGACGUGGUGUCCUUGCUGAGGCUGCGGCUGAGGAAGAUAGCGCUGAUCCCCGGGGAAGGGGUGUCCCGUCUCUUCCUCAAGGCCCAGGCCCUGCUCUUCGGGGGGUACCGAGACGCCCUGAUCUGCAGCCCGGGCCAGCCGGUGACCUUCAGUGAGGAAGCCUUCCUGGCCCAGAAGCCUGGGGCGCCCCUGCAGGCCUUCCACCGGCGGGCUGUGCACCUGCAGUUGUUCAAACAGUUCAUAGAAGCUCGGCUGGAGAAGCUCAACAAAGGGGAGGGCUUCUCUGAUGAAUUUGAGCAGGAGAUCAGCUGCUGCGGGGCCUCCUCAGGCACCCUUCGCUCUUAUCAGCUCUGGGCUGACAACCUAAAGAAAGGUGGUGGUGCCCUCCUGCAUUCCGUCAAAGCCAAAGCCCAACCAGCUGUCAAGAACAUGUAUCGCUCGGCCAAGAGCGGCUUGAAGGGUAUGCAGAGUUUGCUGGUAUACAAGGACGGGGACUCUGGCCUGUACAGGGUGGGCUCCCUAAGGGCCCCAUCCCUCACCAGCCGCUCAGAACACCUGCAGCAGCGCCUGCCCAUCACCCAGCACUUUGGACAGAACCGGCCCCUGCGCCCCAGCAGAAGGCGCAGGCUGGAAGAGAGGACUCCUGAGCCCCCUGGGGAGAGGUCACCCCCUUUGAGCCCCGAGGGUCCCCAGGGCCUGUGGGCAGAAGAAGCCCUGGACAGCAGCUUUUUGGGGUCCGGAGAGGAACUGGACUUGCUGAGCGAGAUUCUGGACAGUCUGAGCAUAGAAACCAAGAGUGCAAGCAGCCUUCGGCCCAGCCAGAGCUUAGACUGUUGUCACCAAGGUGACCUGGACACCUGCUUCAGCCUGCCCGACAGACCUGGAAGAACCAGCUGGCAACCAGAUGAUGAGACAGCACCAGAGUGCCAGCCGCACUCCCUGCCUGUGGACUCGUCAACCCUGCAGAACACCCAGCCUUUGGAUGCCACUCUCUCUCCCCAAAACCCCAAUUCCCAGCUGUCCCCCAAGGCCAACCAAAGAAUCCUGUCUCUGUCCCAGUUCUCAACAGCCUCUGCAGACCUGAGAACCAAAGGGGACUCCAAGUCCCCUCCUCUCCCUGACCCCUUACACCUUCCUGUCGUCCCUCUGUACAAGGCAGCCAAGGGUCCCAGAGCCCGGGACAUCCUGGGCUCCAGGCUCUCUGAAAAACCCACCUCUGACACUACCUGGACAUCCCAGUUGCUUGAUUCCUCCCCGGACCCCAGUUGUCCAGAGAACCCCAGAACCCAGCUCCCCGAGGUCCUGCUACAACAUGCUCACCUCCAGCUGGCCGAGGAACAGGGAGCCCCGGAUUCCCCUGCUCUGCCCAUCGACAGCUGGCAAGAGCCCCAGGAUGGAAGGCAGCCCCGAGUGGCUGAUCUAAAGAAGCGCUUUGAGAGUUAGAGAUUGGAGGUCCAGAAGAGACGCCAGUCCCUAAAUAAAGCCACACAGACCCCAAA